CUUUGGCCUUCCGUGGAGGUAGGAAGCAGUUAGGUCAAGUUAGCUUGUCGUAUUCUAUGCUUUCCUUCGACGUCCCUUUGGUUGUUCUCCAGGAUGGAUCUUCACCAGAGGUAUUCUACUUCAUCCCCAGACGCGGAUGCUGCAGAGAAACAGAUCAGAGAACAAACAGUCUCGCCCAUAGAGAGCCGACAAGGUAUCCAUGGCGGCGAGAAUGAAGAGAGAACUCGACUUCACCGCGGCCUCAAGGCCCGCCACAUAACCAUGAUCGCCAUUGGGGGCGCUAUCGGUACCGGACUGAUUAUUGGAACUGGCAAAGCUCUGGCCCAGGCAGGUCCAGGCUCUAUAUUCAUCUCAUACACCAUUGUCGGAUUGCUUGUCUACCUUGUCAUGUGUGCGCUGGGAGAGAUGGCCGCCUGGCUGCCGCUGUCGUCAGGAUUCACCGGUUACGCCGCCAGAUUCUGUGACCCUGCACUGGGGUUUGCUCUCGGCUACACGUAUUGGUUCAAGUAUAUCAUAGUGACACCCAAUCAAUUGACUGCUGGGGCAUUGAUCAUCCAAUACUGGGUGGACCGGGACCGCGUCAAUCCCGGAGUGUUCAUCGCCGUCUUCUGGGUCGCCAUCGUCUGCAUCAACUACUUCGGCAUUCGGUUCUUUGGCGAGUUCGAGUUCUGGCUCUCUACGAUCAAGGUAAUCGUCAUCGUCGGUGUCAUCAUCUUAUCCCUCGUGCUCGCCCUGGGUGGUGGGCCGGACCACGACCGCAAGGGCUUUCGCUACUGGAGUGACCCCGGGGCGUUCGCAGAGUACAUUGAAGACGGCGCCACGGGACGGUUCCUGGCCUUCUGGUCCACCAUGGUGACGGCCACGUUCGCCUACCUGGGGACGGAGCUGGUGGGCGUCACGGUGGGCGAGGCGCAGAACCCGCGCAAAACGAUCCCGCGGGCGAUCAAGCUGACCUUCUACCGCAUCCUGUUCUUCUACUGCCUCAGCGUGCUGCUGCUGGGCAUGCUCGUGCCGUACGACAGCGAGGAGCUGGCGUUCGCCAACAAGGCGUCGUCGUCGGCGUCGGCGUCGCCCUUUGUCGUGGCCGUCAAGCUGGCGGGCAUCACGGCCCUGCCGGGCAUCCUGAAUGGGUGCAUCCUGCUGUUCGUCUUCUCGGCGUCCAACUCGGACCUGUACAUCGCGUCGCGCACCCUCUACGGGCUGGCCAGCGAGGGCCACGCGCCGGCGCUCUUCCGGCGCACCGACUCCCGCGGCGUGCCGGUGUACGCGCUGGGCCUCUCGGCGGCGUUCGCGCUGCUGGCGUUCAUGAACGUGGCCGACGACUCCAAGACCGUGUUCGGCUACUUUGUCAACCUGGUCACCAUCUUCGGCCUGCUGACCUGGAUCUCCAUCCUGGUCGCGCACAUCUGCUUCGUGCGCGCCCGCCGCGCCCAGGCCGUCCCGUCCGCCGCCCUCGCCUACACGGCCCCGCUGGGCGUGGCCGGCUCCUACGGCGCCCUGGCCAUGUGCAUCCUCAUCGCCCUCACCAAAAACUUCGCCGUCUUCGUCCGCUCGCCGUCCUCCUACGGCGCCUUCGACUACAAGAACUUCAUCACCGGCUACCUCGGCAUCCCCCUCUACCUCGCCAUGAUCGCCGGCUACAAGUGGUGGACGCGCUGUCGCCGCGUGCGCCCCGCCGAGGCCGACCUGUGGACCGGCAAAGACGCCAUCGACCGCGAGGAGGAGGAGUUUCUGGCCGAGAAGGCCCGGAAGGACGCCGCGACCAAGGGCCGCCGCGGCUGGUUCUACAGGACUUUCGUCGCCUGGUUGUUCUAGCGGACUCACUUUCGACACUUCGUCAACGUGAAAUGGUCACGAAGUGUGCCUGCUGCCCUUCACUGUCAUACUCUCAACAGCCGUCGGAAUCGAUUGAUGUACAUAUCCAUCUACACAUUACCUCACGACCCGUCGUCCAUUCUCUUGCUCUCUGUAAGGAUUGUAAUCAUCUCGUACCCAAAAUUAUAACACCAGUCUAUACAUCGACCAGGGAGGUACGGAAACCGAAUCCUCGUUCCAAUCAUAGUGUGUGUACCUGCCUGAUCACGGCUGCAACUCAUCCAAAAGUCGAACAGACUCGCGCCAGUACCAAAUCGCCCUGGAGAUGACUUCGUCCCUAUCCGCGUGGACCGUGAUGAGCAAGCCUCCCGCGAAAUACUUCUUGACCUGCUGAUUUCGCAAGAUGUCGCCUGCUCCUUUGAGGCUGUCCAACGAAGAGUCUGAG